AUGUCGUUUCCGUCCUUGCUCAAUACUUCAUCAUAUAUCCCAGUGAGCAAUCAUGACCACGACCAUGAGCAUGAAUCCGACUCGUCCUCCAUCUCCACAGCAGAAUCCAAUGAGAACCUCCUUUCUGAAAAAGACAGCUCAUGUCGGACGAAUCCACCAUCAACACUUCAGCGUUUCAGGAAAUACCUCCCCUGGACACUGCACCUCGUUCUCGUCCUUCUAUACACCACAGCUUUCAUUUUCUCACCUGCGAAGGUGAUCAUCCGAGAGCCUUUUGAUGCACCAACCGAUGCACCGAUCGAGUACGAAACCGUAACUUAUUUCAGCGAGCCCGAGGGCUCAAAAUACUUCGGACCUUCAAAUAACAAAACGGAUGCUGCAUGGGAUGGUCUUCUAACCAAUGGACCAGGCAUAGUCUGGAUCUCCGAAGAAGCUGCUUCCAAACUCUCUGAGCCAACGGAGCGAGUGCGCGAUUACGAGAGGAAGAUUAAUCCGGAUGUGCCGGGGUACAUGGGGAAUAUCGAGGUGUUUCAUCAGUUGCAUUGUCUUAAUCGCAUCCGCAAACUAUUUUAUAACCAAACUCGCGAAGAUGUUCAUGAUGAGAUUCCUGAAAUGAGAGAGCCACACACGAUGCAUUGUUUCGAAUACCUCCGCCAAGUCCUCCAAUGCCAUGGCGACGUAGGAAUCAUGUCUCUUGGCUGGGACGCAGAAGGCGAAGCGUAUACUGCUAUCUUUGAGACGAAGAAGCAGUGCAGGAACUUUGAGUUGAUUACGGAGUGGACGAGGGAGCAUCAAGUGUUGACGUUCUUGCCGACGAAUCAGUUGAAUGCGACGGAUUUUGAGGAGGAGGAAGAUGAGAAAUGA